UCAUCAGGUUGACAGUCGGGAUGAAGAUGAUCUGUUCUUAUGAGGAUAUUGUGGUUAUGGCUGUGAGGCAAUAAGGUGCAUGUUGAGAAAGAAACAAAGUAUCUAGACAAUGCAAUUCUUUGUUCUUAGUCUCAGGAGCCAAGCUGAGUCCCGGUAAAUCAGACCAGGGGAGAAACAGCUAGGAAGGCUUUUCUGACUGGACCCCACCCUCAGGCCUUCCAACAGCCAACCCGCUCAAGAAACAGUCACUGCCCUCUGACUGAAGUUAGGAGAGGUACACUUUGACUGGGUUCACAUCACAGGCAAUAUUGAGGGUUCACAAUUGCAUCUGAUCAGAUGUGUUGCGUUCUUUCAAAAUAUGAUCUGCAUUUAGCGUUAAUGUGUGGAGGGCGGUUUGUUAUUGUAAAAGCGUAACCGCUAUGCCGUAGCCUACUGUAGGAUGAUUAUCCCGUGACGGGUCCUUACACAGUCUAAUCUGAAUAAAGAAUGACAAGCAUUCUUGCGUUGAGGCAGGGGGAGGUUACAAACUGCCCUGGAGACUCAACGAAGUUUUGAACUACUGUUCAACAACGGAACACGGCCUCAAGUGGGCUACCAGUUGAUGAAAUGAACGUUAAACGAAACGAAGCGCGAGGAUUUCGCCAAGAAAGUACGUCGGAGAAGGCGUGAUUAUCGUUGGGCACCGGAGACAGUAGCGACACAAUGGGACAGGCGGCUGUCUCUACCUUGUCUCACAACACAAGCGUUGACGGACUGGAGAAAGCGUCCUUGGCCAACUGUGAUGUGGUCGUGGGCGGCCCUGCUACCCAGAAUGCUCCACUGAAGCAGCGGGGGAAGCUGUCCACGUUGGGGAAGCUGUUCAGACCCUGGAAAUGGAGGAAGAAGAAGACCAGCGACAAGUUCCAGGACCUGUCCAAAGUGCUGGAGAGGAAGAUCUCCACACGGCAGAGCAGAGAGGAGCUGAUCCGGCGAGGAGUCCUCAUCCCUGACCAAGACGAACCAAUCAACACAGAGACGCUGAACGGCCAUGCAACACCCAGUGGGACCUCAGAGGAAGUUAAAGUCAACAUUGAGUCAUCGGAAACAACAUCCUCCGACGAGCAGGCUGUGCCGUCAGAGGAGAUGGAGGACGGGAUGGGAACAGAGAGGCGUAACACCAAACCCCCUCCUCAGGGAAAGCAGCCCAGAACACCGGAGGUCCCUACUAAAAAACAGCCUGUAGGCAAAGCUUCUGCCCCUGCCAGACCUGAAGGGGGUGCUACAGGCUCAGCAGGGCGCAAGGAGGCCUCAACAGGGACCAAAAAGCCUCCCAAAAGCACAGGCAGCAAGGCUGGCCCUGCGUCUGGCCCCACAUCCACCCCUGCAUCCGCCCCACCAGCCAAAGCUAACCCCAGGAGCACUAAUCGCGGGGCUGUCAAAUCCUCCCAUCCUAAGAAGACAGGAGCCCCAUCAAAGCCUGCAGCACAGACCUCCAAGACCACAGGCCAAUCAUCAAAGACUGUGUCCCAUCCCUCCAAGACCUCAACCCUGCCCCACUCCUCCGCACCAAGAUCCAAGACCUUGGAUGUCACAGGGACAGACAGGAAGACCAACAGGAGGUCUGAACCUUCCAAAUCAUCCUCUGCCCCCCCCAAGGCCUCCCCUGAGACUGACAGUCUACCUGGAGAGUAUCACCAGACCACCCAUCCUCCAGGGACAGAGAAUCACGAUCCCCUCUUCAGCCCAGAGACUAAGCCCACUCCUGAUGGCCGUAAGACAGGGGCGGAGGUUGACGGCGCGCCUGGGUCUGACCCGGAGGCUGGAGCCAAAGCCCCUCAUGUUAACGUUGUUACUGAGGAGACCUCCUUUACAGAGGGGGAGAGCCACAGCUCCUCACAGGGAAGUCAGGAGGCUGGGAGAGAGGGAGAGGGAGGAGCAGAGAGCCCCCAAUCAGGUGAUGGGGAGGGGUGCACCGAAAAUCACCAGAGACCAGCAGGUGGUGAUGGUGAGCGACAGAGUGUGAACGUGCAGGAGCCUGAGGUGACUUUUAUCCCUGACCGGCCCAGAGACAGCCAGGCCAGCGACUCCGACUCAGACGGACCAAUCUUGUACCGCGAUGAAGAGGAGGAGGAGGAAGAAGAGGAUGAAUACACAACCAGCUCCCUGGCCAGUAAGAUCCGCCGCCGGGACACCCUGGCCAUCAAACUGGGCAACCGGCCAAGCAAGAGAGAGCUGGAGGAGAAAAACAUCCUGCCUCGCGCCUCCGAGACAGAACGACAUGAGAUACGACAGCAGAUUGGCUCCAAGCUCGUCAGGAGACUGAGCCAGAGACCCACCACAGAAGAACUGGAGCAGAGGAACAUCCUGAAACAGAAGAACAAGGUUGAGGAACAUGAGGCCAUUCAGGAGAUUAAAAGGAGGCUCUCUAGAAAGUUAAGUGUGAGGCCCACAGUAGCAGAACUGGUGGCUCGUAGGAUUCUGUGCUUUAACGAGUAUGUGGAGGUGACGGAUGCUAAGGACUACGACAGGCGGGCAGACAAACCCUGGACCAGGCUCACCCCUGCUGAUAAAGCUGCUAUCCGUAAAGAAUUGAAUGAGUUUAAAAGCAAAGAGAUGGAAGUCCAUGUGGAGAGCAAGCAGUUCACCAGGUUCCAUCGACCCUGAAGCUGAGACGUUGGUCCUUUUUCUCCUGAGGAGAAGAAGGUCUGGUCCACUGUGUCCCACUCUCACCUCUGACCUUUGACCCCAUACCACGCAACCCAUCAAACUCUGAUCCUCAUGCCCCCUGGCCCUCCACCCUCCAGGCAUCCUCUGAGCAGGCUUGAGUCUGCAUCCUUGCAACGCCGUCUGUUUCCCCUGACUGCAACAUGGCAUCGCCGUCAUGGAGACUGGGCCCUCAGACAGACAAAGAGAGAGACAGGCAGAUGGACAGCUACCCAUCUAGAGAACACAUAGCAUAGUGUGUUUACUUAGUCAUUUUGACAAAAGUCAGACCUUCUGCACUUAUGUAUCAAUAGGUUAAUUGAAUUGCCCACCUAUGCCCCUGCCUGCCCAACGGCCUAGUUGAGGUGGUCCUCACCCAGCCCUGUGAGGGGAACACUGGGAAUUGGACCGUGGAUUUAGUUUCAAACUGAUUUUAGAGUCUCUAACCAACUUGACCAAAUUAUUUGUUCCCAUUUAUCUCUCUGAAUGUGCCUGUACCUUGUUAUUUCCAACUGUGGAUGAAUGUAUUGGAUUUCAUUUAAGUUGUCAUUACAGAUCAUAUCCUCAUGAGUUGGCAGUGUGAGAUAGAACUAACACUAGCACCUUGUAAUUGCUUCAUCCAAAUGAUUGAACUAGAUGAAUUAGAUGCUAAAUUAAUUUAAUCAUGGAACAGUGAUAGCAGUGUGUGGGCUGGCCAGACUAAAUGUUAUUUCUGGCUGUGCACCUUGUAGUUUCAAACAGCAGUGCACAAGAUAUAUGAACCCAUUACACCCUUGUCUUACAGUCUAUGUGUGUGUGAUCCACACCACCAGACAAUGCAGCUCAGUCAUGUCUGUCGUUAAAGGGUUGUAGGUAAUAGAUUGUGUCUAGUUUAACAGGAUUUGGUGCCCGGUGCCCCCAGCCUGAGGCAUUUAAGAACAAUACAAACAUAUUGUAUUGUUCUUAAAUGUUAGCACUGUCCAACAGACGUAUUGCUGUAGGCAUCUCCCUCACAUUUCUGCAGUGAAGAUGGUAGGAUCUGAUCUGUCAGAUCCAUGCUGGAAUGAUAGACCUUUAUGGUCCAGGGGUUCUGUUAUGCUGGGCAAAAUUGGAAAGAAUGACAGUAUUCAUAGCAAUGUAUUUUAUGUUCUAUAGUGAUCUUUGUACAGAAUGAAUAUCAGAUGCAUGUGCAUUAACAACCAAAUCCACUUUAUGGCACAUUCCCCCUUCUUCUUUUAUUUUUACACGGUUGUAAAUGUUUUGUGAUUAAUUGUUUUUUAUUAAGGAUUUUAAAAAUCCACUCUUCUCAAUCUUACUGGUGCAGUGCUGUAAUGUUCAGUAGUGCUGUAUCCUGGUAUUGUACUGUAUUUCUGGAAGAAGUUAUAAACAGAUUAUACAUUUAUUAGCAGUUACUACUCCGUCAUGUAAAAAAGAGGUUUAUAUCAUGUACAUUAUAAUAUGCUGCCAAUACACACCGAUGUCCGUUGGUGAACUACUCCACAGAGGUUAGACAAUAUAGAUUAUAACGAAGUACUGCAAAUGCAGUGGAUCAGAAAAGCUGUUUAAACCCACUAUUGGGCAGAAAACACAUUCAGUGAAGUUUCAACCUUCUCCACUAUCUUUGGGGCAGGGUGAGCCAUCAUCAGUCUAGGAGGAGAGCUUGUCAUAGAAUGUGAGGAGGAAGGAGUCAUACCCCAUCAGUAUUAACUAACUCCCUCGAAUGAACGCAGCUGUGCUCUACCCUGUAUAAUGAUGAAAAUACAGCUUCUGUAUGUUGUAUGAAUGUUGUUUUGUAUAUAAAGAAGAGACCAAGCCAUGAA